GUGCCUCUUUCCUUACUUUUUCUCCUUCAGAGAGAAACUGAUCGGUCAAAUGCUCUAUUGAACACUAAAAAAGAAGCACCCAUUUCCCCAAAUCUUCCCUUCCUUUUCCUUCUCUGCUUCCCCACCACUCUCAAAGAAAGAAAAGAAAAAGAAAAGUCUGGGUUAUGGACGGCGGUGCUGCCUACAACCCACGUACUGUUGAAGAAGUCUUUCGAGAUUUCAAGGGUCGUCGAGCUGCCAUGAUUAAAGCUCUCACUACUGAUGGGGAAGAGUUUUACAAGCAGUGCGAUCCAGAGAAGGAGAAUCUUUGCCUUUAUGGAUAUCCCAGUGAGCAGUGGGAGGUGAAUUUACCAGCUGAAGAAGUGCCUCCGGAGCUUCCAGAGCCUGCGCUGGGUAUUAACUUUGCCAGAGACGGGAUGCAAGAAAAGGACUGGUUGUCUUUGGUUGCCGUACACAGUGAUGCAUGGUUACUUUCUGUCGCUUUCUAUUUUGGUGCUAGGUUCGGAUUCGAUAAAGCUGAUAGGAAACGCCUUUUUAAUAUGAUAAAUGAUCUUCCGACAAUAUUCGAAGUUGUGACAGGAGUAGCUAAGAAACAGACAAAGGAAAAAUCGGCAGUUUCAAAUCAUAGCAGCAACAAAUCUAAAUCAAACUCUAAGCGAGGAUCUGAAUCCCAGCCCAAGUAUUCGAAGGCGGUGGCAGCCAAGGAUGAGGUUGAAGAUGGUUUGGAAGAGGAAGAUGAUGAGGAGCACGGAGAGACACUAUGCGGGGCUUGUGGAGAUAAUUAUGCAGCUGAUGAAUUCUGGAUUUGCUGUGAUAUGUGCGAGAAAUGGUUCCAUGGGAAGUGCGUUAAGAUUACGCCGGCAAGGGCCGAGCACAUUAAGCAGUACAAAUGCCCAUCGUGCAGCAACAAGAGAGCUCGACCUUGACGACGGUUGCGCUUGGUGGUUUGUUGUAUGUGGAUUCGGAUAUCGUGGACUUCCUAACUGUCUAGUAGGUGACGUAGUAGUCAGUGUGUGGUUUAAUUUAGGA